CCUCACUUAAAUUAUCAUCAAUCAUCAUGCCUUUCUCUUGUCGGCAGAUAUUUUGUUGAAUUUCUUUCUUUUUCUUUUCAUUUUGUUUCUUUCUUACAUUCAGAAUUAAUUUCUUUUUUUUAAUGAUCUUUAGACAUGUAAGCAACUCCAUAACCACAAAUUUAUUGGGUCACAGUCAUACUCCUUUCCUUUUCCUAUUCCCCUGUUUCUCAACUGCUGUGUGUGUUUUACUCGUACUUUACUCGCUUUCAAUGCCUUUUAUUAACGGCUACUUUCCAUCUCCCCGAAACUGCCACUUUAACUCCCACUCUCUCUCUCCCCCCUUGAAGAAAACCCAGAGCGAGAAUUGUCGGAUUGAACACCAAAAUUGUCGAAAAGGGGUGGUGAAAUUUGGGUGAAAGAUUGGAUUUUUAUUGUUGUUUUCUUUGUUUCCUUUGAGGAGCCCAGAUGGAGUUUAAGGCGUUUUUGACGUCUUUAGGGACGUCGUUUGUGAUAUUUGUGGUGUUGAUGUUCUUGUUCACUUGGCUGUCAAGGAAGCCUUCAAACAGUGUUGUGUAUUAUCCUAAUUUGAUUCUCAAAGGUAUUGAUCCAUUCGAAGGUGGCAAGAGAUCCCGUAACCCUUUUGCGUGGAUCAAGGAGGCGCUCUCUUCCUCUGAAGCUGACGUUAUUCGAAUGUCUGGUGUUGAUUCUGCUGUCUACUUUGUCUUCAUAAGCACUGUAUUGGGAAUAUUGGUUCUUUCUGGCCUUGUGCUGUUACCAGUGCUUCUACCUGUGGCUGCAACAGAUCGAAGUGUGCGUGCUGCUGAUGAAACCAGUGAAGGGACUUUCAAUGACCUUGAUAAGCUUUCUUUGGGCCAUGUUGGAAAAAACAGUACGAGAUUAUGGGCAUUUGUGUUGGCUACAUAUUGGGUUUCCAUCAUUGCAUAUAUCCUGUUGUGGAAAGCAUACAAACAUGUUUCUGAUCUACGAAAAGUGGCAUUGGAGUCCUCAGAGGUGAAAGCUGAGCAGUUUGCUAUAAUUGUCAGGGAUAUUCCUUUGAGUCCAGAUGGACUAAGUAGGAAGGAGCAAGUGGACUUGUAUUUUAAAUCCAUCUAUCCUGAGGCAUUUUAUCGAUCCAUGAUUGUCACUGACAAUAAAAAGGUGAACAAAAUAUAUGAAAAGUUGGAAGGUUUUAAAAAGAAGCUAGCACGUGCAGAAGCCAUAUAUACAGACUCAAAGAAAGGUGCCAAUCCUGAAGGUACAAGACCAUCUAAUAGAACUGGUUUUCUUGGUCUCAUUGGCAAAAAGGUAGAUUCAAUAGAGUACUACGGUGAGAAGAUCAAUGAAUUAAUUCCAAAGUUGGAAGCUGAACAAAAGGUCACUCUCAGAGAAAAACAGCUACCUGCAGCAUUGGUUUUCUUCACCAAUAGGGUGACAGCAGCUUCCGCUGCGCAGAGUCUUCAUGCUCAAAUGGUUAAUACAUGGACAGUGUUAGAUGCUCCUGAGCCGCGACAGCUACUGUGGGACAAUCUUCCUAAAAAGUUCUUUGAGAGGGUUAUCCGUCAGAAUAUCAUCUACAUUAUUGUGUUCUUGACGAUAUUUUUCUAUAUGAUACCAAUUGGCUUGAUUUCUGCAUUUACAACUCUGGAAAAUUUAAAGAAACUGCUCCCAUUCACAAAACCUAUCGUCAACCAGCCUGUUGUGAAGACAGUAUUAGAGGCCUACCUGCCUCAGCUUGCUCUUAUUGUUUUCUUGGCAUUACUGCCUAAGUUUCUUUUGUUUCUGUCGAAGGCCGAGGGUAUUCCUUCAGAAAGCCAUGCAACAAGAGCUGCCUCUGGGAAAUACUUCUACUUUUCGGUGCUAAAUGUUUUUAUCGGUGUUACAAUUAGUUCCAGCCUCUUUGAUAAGCUAAAGGAUAUUGAGAAGAAACCAAACAGCAUCGUGUCUCUGUUAGCAACCAGCCUGCCUAAAAGUGCAACUUUCUUCUUGACUUUUGUGGCACUAAAGUAAGAAUUCCUUUUUGUUUAUGUAAAAGGUUGAUCUUACUUACUUACGUUGUUAUUCCUUUUAAUAUUUGUAAAGCGUCUUUAUCACAUAAGUACUUUACGUUUUUUAUAUCUUGACUGUAUAGAGUGCUGUAUAUUAAGACAUUCUUCUGAGUUACAGCUUUUCUUCUGUUUGUUGAUGCAUUCAUUUGAUGACAUGGAUUAUAGAAUCAUGUUUUUUGCAUAUUUAGCUUGCAUGAAUGUAUUAUCUUUUGUUGAAAACUUGAGCAUAGAAAGUUGUAGAUUAUGAGCUGUUAGUAUUUGAGUUUGGAAUGCUUUUCAAGAAUUGAGUAUUUCUGUUGCAUAAUUGUACAGAUAAUUGUUUUAAUAUCUGUUGGUGAAUGACGGAGUUGAAAAUUGCGCAGCAAACCCUUAACUGUUAAAUGACUUGAUUUUUCAUGUUUCCAUUAGGGCACUUGAUUUGGUUCUCAUUUGCCAUUCCAUUUCCCUGCAUUGUUACUUGAGUUCCUUCUGAAUCCAAACACCUCCUCCCCCCCUUAAAAAAGAGAAAAUUCCUUUCAAGCAAUUAAAAACUAAACAAACCACAAAUUUUGACUAUAAAUGAUAUGUUUCAGCGAAUAAGAAGAUGUUGACUGAUUGGUUUUAUAAAUUCUUUUGUUUACCAGAACAAAGAGAUAAGGUUUACCAAAAGAAAAUUUGUUGGGAUCUUAUGUUCUUUGUAAGUUAUGGGCUUGAGCUUUCUUGAAUUGUUCCUUUAAUAUUUUAUAAAUUAUUUGGAUCUCAGGUUCUUUGUAAGCUAUGGGCUUGAGCUCUCCCGAAUUGUUCCUUUAAUAAUUUACCAUCUCAAGAGAAAGUAUUUGUGUAAGACUGAAGCAGAAGUUAAAGAAGCUUGGGCUCCUGGAGAUCUCGGAUAUGCAACUCGGUUUCCUGGUGAUAUGCUGAUUCUAACUGUUGUUCUUUGCUAUUCUGUAAUAGCUCCUAUUAUCAUUCCUUUCGGGGUGGUGUACUUUGGCCUGGGGUGGCUCCUCCUUCGCAAUCAGGUGACCAGUUUUCCUUUUCAAUCCUUUGAAAAUUGUUUCAGAUGCAAGUUGUGUUUGAAAUCUAAAACUUAACCAUGCUUUGUGCUUCAAUAGAAUGCCAUAUGAUGUGAAAGAUCAGUUUUGUUUCUUGGAAAAUAUCAAAUCUAUCUCAUGUGUUGAAUUUGUCUUUUCUUGUGUUCUGUUAAAACUUUGGAGGGUUUUCAGUCUAUUUACUUGCUUGCUGUCAUUGGUGUGGGAACCUGAAACUUGAGUCUAAGAGUAGAGAAACUUGUGUGGUGAUGGAGAUCUUUCGUCCUAGUACACUGAGUGUAUAAACCCUAAUCAUAAUAUAAAAUGCAGUUUCAUCAAUAAGAACUGGUAUCAAUUAUGUUCCAGUUAGUGGAAAAUGUCAUUUUGUUUAUGGGUACUAUACCUCACCUGGUACACUCUCUAUGAACCCUAAUCUUAACGAAAAAUGUGGUUUCAUCAAUAAGAACAGGUAUAAUUAUUCUUAUAUAAUAAAAGUUGGGUAUAUUAUCUCAUCUAAUAAUUCUGUUGGAUUGUUGUCCAUGUAUAAUUUGCAGCUAUAUGAGGCAACUGUUUUAUUCCUAAGUUUUAAAUGGCAUGCCUUUUUUCUGCUGGACAGGUAUUAAAAGUCUAUGUUCCGUCAUUUGAGAGCUAUGGGAGGAUGUGGCCUCACAUGUUCACCCGCAUCAUGGCUGCCUUGGCAUUGUAUCAACUUACGAUGUUUGGUUUCUUUGGACUCAAGCAGUUCCCUUAUGCCCCCGUUUUAGUUCCCCUUCUGGUACUCUCAGCAAUCUUUUACUAUGUAUGCACGCAAAGAUUCUACCGAUCAUUUCAGUCCACUGCUCUUGAGGUUGCUUGCAAAGACUUGAAGGAGAUUCCCAACAUGGAGGUUGUGUUCAGAUCAUUCAUUCCACCAAGCCUGAGCGCUGAAAAAACUGAUGAUGAUCAAUUUGAAGAUGCACUAUCACAAGUUUCAAGAUCAGGGUCCACUUUAUGAUUCAGCGUACAUAGUGGUUAGCUUUGCCGAGUACUGUUUUGUUCAUAGACUUGUUACUAGGACUUGUCAGUUGACCAAUCAUCGGUGUGACUUGUGAAGUUUCGACAUUAUCACAGUUCCUUAUUCCUAGGUGGGGCAAAUACAUUGAAUGCUUAUUUAGUAGUGUACUGAAGUUUUUUGUUUGUAAUUUAAAUUACAGUUAGGUGGUAUGUGUAAAUGCUUUCUUUGUGAAACAAUUUGCCAGUGGUUCUUUGUGAAGUUUCUUUUUUGUUCACAAUUUCACAUUCAUCAUUGUCCCAAAUUAAUUUCCAUCCAAUGCAAGUAAACCAAGUAAGCAUUAAAAAGAUGAGAAUACAGAACACAG